AUGACGGACUCCGAAUACUCCUUCUCCCUGACCACCUUCGCGCCGUCGGGAAAGCUCCUGCAGAUCGAGUAUGCGCUCAACCGUGUGGCGGAAGGACGCCCGGCCCUAGGCAUCAAGGCCAAGAAUGGCGUGGUACUCGCCACGGAGAAGAAGGUGACCAGCCCUCUGGUGGAUGAAAAGACCUUGUCGAAGGUGGAGAAUUUGUCCGACAGUGUGGGCAUGGUCUACGCAGGCAUGCCGGCAGACUACCGGGUCCUUCUGCGUAGAGGUCGGAAGGUGGCGCAGCAAUACUUCACAACCUACCGUGAGCUGAUUCCAGUUUCGCAGAUUGUGCGCGAGGAGGCUGCGAUCAUGCAAGAAUUCACACAAUCUGGAGGUGUGCGGCCCUUUGGCGUGUCCUUGAUGAUGGCCGGCUUUGAUGACAGCGGCCCUCAGCUCUUCCAGGUUGAUCCGUCAGGCACAUACUUCGGAUGGAAGGCAUCAGCGAUCGGCAAGAAUCAUGUGAACGCCAAGUCCUUUCUGGAGAAGCGGUACAGCGAGGACAUCGAAUUGGAAGAUGCCAUCCACACCGCCAUCCUCACCUUGAAGGAAGGCUUUGAGGAGGCCAUCACAGCUGAUAACAUCGAGAUCGGCAUCGUGGGCACCGACAGGAAGUUCCGUGUGCUGACGCCUGCUGAGGUUCAAGAUUACCUCGGAGAGGUGGAGUAA